UUGUCUACCCAGAGAGUCCUGCUCGGUUCAGCAAUAAAGAGUUAAAAGGGAUGUUGGUUUGGUCACCUAAUCACUGUGUCUCGGAUGCCAAAUUGGACAAAUAUAUCGCCAUGGCCAAGGAAAAGCAUGGCUACAACAUUGAACAGGCUUUGGGGAUGCUAUUGUGGCAUAAACACGACGUGGAGAAGUCGCUGGCCGAUUUAGCCAAUUUCACGCCGUUCCCCGAUGAAUGGACGGUGGAGGACAAAGUCCUGUUUGAGCAAGCCUUCAGCUUCCACGGGAAAAGUUUUGCUCGCAUCCAGCAGAUGCUUCCUGACAAGUUAAUCCCCAGCCUGGUGAAAUAUUACUACUCUUGGAAGAAGACCAGAAGUCGGACAAGCGUGAUGGAUAGGCAAGCCCGAAAACUGCUCAGCAGGAAGGAAAAAGACGACAGCAACGAUGAAUUAGAAGACGCACGGCAGGCCAGCGAAGGGGAAUUUGAUGCCAUGGAUCCCAAGAAGGAGCCUAGUUAUCCGAAGCCCCCCAGCAGCAAACCUGGGCCAAUGAAGAAGGAAGUGCAGCUACCCCAAUAUCGGCACCACCCUCUCCGUGCCCGCCGGCGCCCUCCGAAGGGCAUGUACCUGAGCCAAGAAGGCAUCACGGGCCUCUCCACCAGCCCUGACAUGGCCGUGCUCACCUUACGCCAUCUGGACUCUCAGCUGGUUUCCCUCAAACGCCAGGUGCAAAGCAUCAAACAGAUCAACAGCAGCAUGAAGCAGGCACUAGGCGAAGGGAUACAUAAACUGCGCCCAACGGAGACUAACAUCAAGUUCAAUUCCCGCUGGACAACCGAUGAGCAGCUGCUGGCAGUGCAGGCCAUCCGGAAAUAUGGCAAAGACUUUCAAGCCAUCGCCGAGGUGAUCAGCAAUAAGACGGUGGCGCAGGUGAAAACCUUCUUCGUCAGCUACCGCCGGCGGUUCAACCUGGAGGAGGUGCUGCAGGAGUGGGAGGCCGAACAGGAGGGCCUGAGCCCGGCCCCCGCCCAAGGCAGCUCGUCCCCUCAGGAGCAGAAGAGCAGCAGCGAGGAAGAGGACGAGGUCCAGAUCACCGCCGUAUCGCGAUCUGCGCAGCCGCCUCCAACCCAGCUGGCCCAGCCGCCUCCUGCGCUUCCCCCCCUCCCUGCCUCUCCCCGCCCUCCCCCUGUGGCGCUCUCCCAGCCUCCCCCCUUGCUGAGGCCCACCCUGCCCACCGCACCCAUGCUGCACCGCCAGCCGCCGCCCUUACAGCAAGGGCGUUUCCUCCAGCCCAGACUUUCGGUCAACCAGCUGCCGCCUCCGCUCAUCCGGCCCGCGGGGUCCCGCCAGGCUCCGCCGCGAGGAGCCCAGCACCCUCCAUCGCUGCUCAGCGGGACAGGAGAGCCGCCCCCUCUACCCUCCUUGGGGUCCCUCUGAAGGGGGACCCCUCUGCGCCAGUCUCGUUGCGGCUCCGGUGGGUGGGGUUCAGCUGGGAAUGGUACGAGCCCACCGGAGUGGGUUGGAGGCAGUGGGGAGGGGAGGAGGUGGGGUGGGCAGGAGAAAGGGGAGGGGGUCUUUCCACUCCUGCCCUCCCCUCCAUCGCGGAGAGCUGGCAGUCCUGGAUGGGGUAAUGCUGGAAUUGGGGUAAGGGGUUUGGUGGGAUAAUGAGAAAACAGUAGAAGAUGUAGCUUGGAAUAGGACUGGACUGAGUACUUUCCACUGCUUGAAAAGAAGGGGAGGAUGAUGAAUUGAGGGGGAGGAGAGAAAAAAAGGGGGGCUGUCUGCCCAAUUUUGUGGUGGGGGGAAGAGGCCAAACUGCUCCAGAAUCAGAAACCCCCAUUCCGAAGUACGAAGACUUGGAAUUUCUACAAGGACGACCGGAAAAAAAAAAGAGGAUUGAAGUCGGAUCUGCUCUGUACUUACUCAUCGCUCUCCUCCUGGAAGCAGUGCACGAGCAUCGGAGGCCAGCUGUGGGUCGCCUUAAGAGGAAGAAGAGGACCAUUUACGUGCCCCCCCAAACUUUCUGAGACCCUAGCAGCCCCCCCCCCCCACUCUUCCCUUCUGCCGGCAGCUCAGCGCCGGCGUCUUUUUAGAGUCCACGCGGCAUUUUCAAUAAAAGAUAUUUUGGUACAA